AUGCGAAUGGCACGACAAUAUGCUGCUCGACAUGGCUACUCGACCGGCCCUGGCAGCGCCUGGAAGAUCAGCUCCCUUCUUGCAGGGCUGGAGAAGGCCUCAGACUCGGAGUUGGAUGACACGUACCAGGUUCAGGACAUGUGCUGGGAG